AGUAAAGGAAUGAGGAGAGCCAUAUGUUACAAUGAUAUGCCUGAAGCUGUUGGGGAACCAUGGCCUAUCAAGAAGUCACUGACAUUGUCUGAUGUGGACAUAACACAUCCGUUCCUCACAUUAUCACGUCAACAAGUUGAAAACCACAUUAUCGUGCAUAUGGCCCCGAAACAUCAGGAAGUUUUGAGAUCCCAAGGUCAUGUGGAUUUCAACGCUCAAGACGAUGACACCAGUGAGGUGUACAGCAUGAAGCUGAAGUGGAGAGGGAGUUAUUACAAUCUUAUUGGUAAAUGGGGCAAAGUUGUCAGAACCAAAGGACUGGAUGCAGGCCACGAGAUCAAAAUCCGGUGGGACAAUGGGAUCUUGCACUUCUCUGUGCCACGUGAGCAGGUUGCUACAGUGGUUAUGCCUGUACGGAUGGUUGUGGGGCCAUCGGCGGUGGACAACUUCUGGCCCAUCAAGAAGGUGUUGACUCUGUCUGAUGUUGACAUCAACCAUCCUUUUCUUCCGUUGCCACAUCAGCAGGUUGAGGAUCAUAUUCUCGUGCAUUGGACACCUCAGCAGCAAGAGCGGUUAAGAAAGGAAGACCACGUAGUCGUGAACACACAGGAUUAUGACACGGGAGAAGGUUAUCAAAUGAAAAUCAAACCAAAGGGGAACUUCUAUAACCUAAUCGGGAAAUGGGGGGUGAUAAUUAGACAGAAAGGGCUUGGGGUAGGAGAAGAGAUUAGAAUACGUUGGGAAAAUGAAUGCUUAUACUUCUCAGUACCACAGGAACAUUAUAACACAACCCCAAGUUCAGUGGUAGAUAAUUGGCCCAUUAAGAAGGCUCUGACCUUGUCUGAUGUGGACACUACCCAUCCAUUUCUUACUCUACCCGGCAAAGCAGUUGAAGAUUAUGUUCUGUUUUACUGGACCCCACAAGACAGGGAGAAACUGAGGAGUGAACGUCAGAUAGAUGUUAAUGGUAAAGAUAAUGACACAGGUGAUCUCUACUUAAUGAAGUUGCGAUGGCGUGGGAGUUACUAUAACCUAAUUGGUAAGUGGGGGAAAAUCAUUAGAGGAAAGGGACUCCAGAUUGGGAUGGAGAUAAGACUACGUUGGGAUGACAGGUGUUUGCUCUUUUCAGUUCCUGAGUUACCCUCGGCAUCACUGAAUGUAUAAAGAUAGGCUGAUGGCCACGAACAGACUAAUAUAACACUUAUGCAGGCUGCAAAUGACUAGACAUGAAGUCAUUCAAGAAAAAGAUAACAAGGUGAUCUGAUGGACCGUGUGUAUUUAUUCAGAUAUGUACACGAAGGAAUCCUUUACUUAAUUGGUUUCACCCGCCCUACAGUUGUAUAGAUGUCUGUGGUUGAACUUCAUGUUGUAUUCUUGGAGUCAUAGUAUUAGCAUCACAUGUUGUACUUUUAAUUUUGCAUCUGAAGUCCUUGUUGCCUAUUAGAGCUAUUAGCUUCUUCAAAAUCAGAUAGGAAAUGCAUCAUGGUAUAAAAAAAAUACACUCAGUUCACUUGUCAUUGGCCUAAAAAGUAAAACAAAAAAGCUAACAGGUAAACCGGGGUGGUUGACUCGACUGGUUUGAACUCGGAACUAAAAAAAUCUCUGUGGUUGCUAGCUAGACUGCCCGAAGGGCCAGUGUAGGUUUACCAGGUCAUUAACUUUGGGUCCCAAUUUGCCAAAUUAAUAAUAAUAAAAUUAUUAACACUUAAUAGGUAAUAGUGAAUGCCAAAAAUAAUGAAUGGUGAAGAAGAUGUCAAUAUUGACAGUUCUGUUGCAUCUGUCUAAGACUGAAGUUGCAUUUGUAUUUGAACCAUUUUCUUGAUAAAAAAGUUGUGCUUAUUGCUUCAUUGCUUUGUUGGUUUGAGCCAUUAAGCAGUUGUAUGUUGAAGUAUACCUUCGCUAGCCAAAAACAAAACCUUGAAGGACUUGUACUUUGAACUUAUAUUUAUUCUCUGAAUUAGUUGUGUGUAUAACUAUGGUCUGAACAUACUGACAUGAUGCUCUAAAGUUUUUUUCCUGCGAAAUUGAAUUUAGUUAGUCACUUUGCAGGCUAUCCAGAUAUUGAGGGGAGAAAUGUGUUUUUCUGUGAAGAGCAGAUAUUGCUGAGAUUCUAUAGCGUCUUGUACACAUUUGUGAAUCUCUGGGAUCAAUCUGUGGUACAACUUUUAGAAUGCUAAAUUUCUGUGCACAUUUCUGAUUAAAUCAAUUCAGAAAUUGUCUAAGGCUUGUUUGGCCUGUGGGAGGAAUUCCAAUCCCUUCCCUACCUGAUCCCUUCCCUGGAUCUUUGCAAUUCAUAUCCCCUACUCUAGUAUUGAACCAACAGGUCCUACACAUGCAAGUAAAGACUGACCCACUUUUUUUCUUAUUAAUACAACAAGAUCCCUUCAACCGAGCACUAGAAUACACUAGUAAUUCUAUUCUACCAACAUAUCAAUCGAUUUCACAACCCUUUUAAAUUCCUUCCCAUCAAUUUUAAAUCUGUCACAUGCUUUCCAUCCUUCCAACCAGACAACCUGUUGGUUUAGAAAUGUAUAUUGGUGUUAGUUGGAAACUCAGUUACAGUACUGAAUUGUUCUUUUAACGGGCACAAGAAGCUGCUGCAUGAGGAGGUAAUUUGCUGUUUCCAAGACUUUCUGGAGGGGAUAUUGGUUAGAUCUUGUAACUUGUGCCUUCAGAUUAAGUUUCACCUUGAAACAGUGUGUCAAUAAGUAGCAAAGCAAGUUGUUUUUGUUUCCUUGUGAAUAUAUGACCAAAUGGGCAUCUCCGAACGGGGUAUGUAUUAAUCUCAGCAAUGCCCUCAUAGCCUUGUCACGGUGCAUGACGUCCAAUUACAGCCCCUUGUAAGUCACUGAGAUAAAUCAGAUAAUAAUAUGGUAAGUUAUUAUACCAAUACAUGUGAUGUACAUAUCUUACUUACCCUAUCAUCCAAAUAUGAGCCAAAAUCACUUGGGUUUUUAUACAUUUUGCUACUAAUAAGAUCUUAUAGCAAUAUAG